AUGCACCAGCGCGGACUUGUUUCGAUUGGGACGUGGGUGAUGAUCGGGUUGGUGCUGUGGACGCUGGCGUGGAUUAUUUCUGAGGCGAUUCCUGUGUUCAACGACUUGCUGAGUCUGAUCACGGCGCUCUUUGCCAGCUGGUUCACAUAUGGACUAAGUGGAAUAUUCUGGCUAUUCCUCAACUGGGGCCGAUACUCCUCGUCGCGCCGCAAGAUCCUACUGACCGGUCUAAACCUGCUGGUGGUAGUUGUAGGUGGCUGUCUAUGCGCCCUUGGUCUCUACGUCUCCGGAAAAUCAAUCCAUGAUCACCCCAAAAGUACCAGCUUCUCAUGCUCCAACAAUACUUGA